UAAAUCAAGAGUAGUUUCCCUUAUGGGCUGUUUUACACUAAUGAGGAAGCGAAGUCAAUUUCGUCUCGGCCUGAGGGUCAGCUGAUGUGCUGAUUGUUUUGUAAAAGUUUAAUCUUGUUUUCAGAAUAUACAGAAACUAAUGAAAGACGAUUAUAUAAACAUGCAUCAAGUCAUGAAUGCUGCUAAAUCUGUUUGAAAAACAGAUGAAUAAGUAGUGGAAAUAAAACUAUAUUGCUGUGACAUUCAGUGAUGGGAGAAUACUGACUGCAAAGUACCAUGUCGAGUAUCGUAUGAGACAAAGAAUGUGGACCCCUUUUACUGAGGUCUAGUCUAUGGACAUAAAAAACAACAACUGGCUCAUGUAUGCCUGACUUACACCUGGAUGAGACUUUAAGUAUAGACAUCACAUCAUCAUGGCUGCCUCUGCAAACAACAAUCCCAGCAAACGGAAGAUAUGGGAUGACUCUCCUGUAACUUUUACAGAGUUUGGAGCUUUGAGCUCUGAUGUCAAACCAAGUGGAGGUUUUUUCUCUAGAUUAUGGAAGAAAAGCAAAGAUGGAAGCCCACAUGCUUCGACCUCAUCCCUGCUCACGGAGGAUAGUGGGGUGGCUGUCAGUCGAGAUGACGUCAGGGCCGGGUCAUUACCCCCGGACAGUGCCAGUCUCUCAAGGCAGAGUAGCCGAAGUAGUACCGUCACAGAUGCAGAUGGUACGGACCAAAUGGAUGAUACUGGAGAAAACCUUGGUCCAGGUACUCGUGUCCCACCGCAUCGCACACUCACUUCUGUGCUCAGUCGACUUAGUAGCAUCUUGGAUCAACGUAGUUCGACACCUCAAACAUACAAAGACAGUGACUUCAAACAGUACUGGAUGCCGGACAGCAGUUGUAAAGAGUGCUAUGACUGUGGUGAUAAGUUUACCACUUUCAGGCGCAGACAUCAUUGCCGAAUCUGUGGCCAGAUCUUCUGCAGCAAGUGCUGUAACCAAGAGUUGCCAGGGAAAAUUAUUGGUUACAAAGGUGGCAUACGAGUGUGCACGUACUGCUGCCGUGUGGUCCAGCGUUAUGCACAGCAGUCAGCUUCGACGGGGGAUGUCAGAGCUCUGGAAGACCUACGUGCCAUGUCCCAGAUUGACCAUGAGUCGGGCAGCUUUGACUUUGGCAACCGCUCUGUGUCGCCGAGGCUGGUGGGUGGGCCAGAAGAUCUUUCUCCACAGUACAGAGGAGAACAAGUGCCUGACCUUCCGGGUCUGAAGGCUCCUGACCUCACAACGCCCUUUGACCUGACCCCACUAUCGGAGUUCUCCAGUCAGGAAAGUUUACUGUUGGAGAGCAAAGUGCUGAUUCAAGACUCGGUGCAGCUGAGAGAGUUGUGGCGACAGAUUUGUGACACAGAGCUUGGGGUUGAAACCCAAACCCUCCGCAUCAGACUCCGCACUCACCAGAACUGCAUUGUUGGGAAGGAGCUUGUGGACUGGCUGCUGAAGAAUGAUCGGGCUGCUACGAGGGACCAAGCCAUGGCUAUUGGCCAAGCUCUCAUUUAUGCUGGGUACCUGGAGAGUGUUGGCAACCAGAUCCCAGUUUUCCGAGAUGAUUUUACCCUCUACAGACCAGGAGAGACGUCCAUGACCUUCGAGUUCCUGGGAGACUCGGAGGUGGCGCCGAUGGUCAAGACUGAUCAGGAAACCAAGGAGCCAAAGUGGUUCUUGGAGAUCACAAAGGCCAGUGAGGAUGACAAUGAUGACUCUGUGACACAACUGCAACGUUCAGUGGCUGCUGAAUCUGAAACACAGCAAAGCAACUCUUCUGAAUCAGAGAGCAGGACUGUCUUCUAUCUGAGUGAGACUUCCCGAAGUGGCAGUUUCUCGGAGAUGCCAAAAACUGUAACCUUGAUGUCUCGGGACAUGGUGGAGGAACCUCUUCCCCGCCAGGAUUCCUCCGUGCAUGGUCUUGGGGAGGAUUUCUUAAAAGGUGAGUCAUUUUGUGCGGCCAGACAUCCGGUUGGAAGGUGAUGACAUGGAUAUUAGGCACUAUGUCCACAUCAAGAAGGUGCCUGGAGGCCAUAAAAGUGACACAUCAAUGUUCCACGGCGUGAUCUUCACCAAGAACAUUGCCCACAAGAAAAUGAAAACCAAAAUUGUGAACCCGCUCAUCCUUCUCCUCCGUGGCACCAUUGAGUUUCAGAGAGUGGAAAAUAAAUUCUCUUCUUUAGAGCCUCAAAUCCUGCAGGAGCGAGAGUUCAUGAAGAACUGUGUGAUGAAGAUGAUCGCUUACCGGCCCAACGUGGUUGUGGUGGAGAAGUCCGUGUCUCGGCUAGCCCAGGAGUUCUUGCUGGAGGCUGGCAUCACACUUCUCUACAACGUGAAGCUGAGUGUGAUGGAGCGCCUUGCCCGGUUCACCCAGGCUCAUAUUGUGCCAUCCAUUGAUGGGUUGGUCAGUAAACCAAACAUGGGAUUCUGCCACGACUUCCGAGUCCAUACUUACACCAUGCCCAACAAAGAGACAAAGACGUUAGCUAUCUUUGAUGGUUGUGCCACUCAUCUCGGUUGUACCAUUGUGCUGAGAGGAGGGACCCUCAAUGAAUUGAGAAGGGUGAAACACAUUCUCAAGUUCAUGACUUACGCCUCAUACAACUCCCUGCUGGAGCUAUGCUUCUGCAUGGACGAGUUUGCUUUGCCACAGCCAGGGGCUGAUGAGAUUGGACAACCGUUUGAGAGUCUGGAAAGUUCCCAGGAGCACUCUGGAGAUCAUUUUGGGGACAGCAUCAAGUCAGAAGAAAUGGCAGUUGUAAACCCGAAGGACCCUGACUCACAUGUGGAGUUCCACCUAGAGGAAGACACUGAGUGUGACAUUGAGAUAGUCGACAUUAACAAUGAUGUCGUCAAUGGAAGCAAAGAUGGAGGACUGAACUACACCACCAAGGACAAAGAUGUUGAUUCUUCAUCUGUAGAUUACUCCGUAUUGACUGACCUUUCUUCAGACUUUGCCCAGCUCGGUGAGCCAAAAGAGGAGGGUGAUGCAGAGAAAUCUGAAAAGCCUGGAGGGGGACAAUGGACAGGUGGCAGCCCAGACGCCGAUGUACCCACUGUGACCUCUGACCCAGUGAAUCAGGAGGAGGAGAUAGGCGAAGGCGAGGGCCAAUGCAGGGAGCCAGAGGUACAUAGGCAAGUACAUGAGGGAUCAAAGGUGACGGUGGUUAAGGAUGUGGCCUGUUCAGUGCCUGGGACUGAGGACUCGGACACAUCUCCCAUGACGUCCAAAAAGUCAGCUCAAACAGAUUCUGAAGAGACUUUGGCCGGUGAGAAGAACGAACAGUCAAAAGCGCGGAGCUCCUCUUCAGGGUCUGCACAAGUUGCCAGUUUGGCAGAGAUGAGUGCACCACAAGCCAUGGAGUACCUGACCACUGCCCCGCUGCUAUCAGGUCAAAGUGUUGAGACAAAAUCACGUCACAACAGCGGACUGUCGGGUUGCUCCAGUAGCCAUGUGUGUGACUCAAUAUCUGGGCGUAGCACCCCGGAGCUAGCUUUGAAAACCAACACGGAGGACAGUAUUUGGAACGGCAGCCCCAAACUCAUUGGGAACAUUGUGUGUAUCAUUCCUCCUUCUGCUAUUCCGUUCAGCGCAGCCUCUACAGAGAAAACAGCCGAGACCUCAGAGAGAAAAAAGCAUAACAGUGGAUCGGACAUACUUUCACAAGAAGAUAAUAAAACUAAAGGCUCUACCGAUGUUUUUUCCUCCAGCUUUGCUAAAGCUGUUGGGAAAUCAGACUUUUCUCCCAGCUUUAGAACUAAAGUACUGAAAAGCACCGACUCUGUCGAUAAAGAGAACAUGGGUUCUGCUGAUCAGGAUUCUUCACAAGGGUCUGGAAAACCUGCAGUCACUCUCUCCAGGCCUAGCACGUCCAAACUCACCGAACUGACUGACUUCAGUGAUCCUUUGCUUGGAUACCAAAAUACACAGGAUGAGUCUAUUUUCAGCUCGACCAACACCCAAAAGAUAUCUUUGAAGGAGAUUAAGCAGACACAAUACAAACGUUUCCGGAAAGCUUUAGAUGGUGUGCACCUUUCUGUAUCUCCGUACCACAAGUACACAGUUCCUUUUAUCCAAACAGAUAAAGGUGCAAGAUGUGCCGUCCGGAAGUUUUUGCCAGAGGAGAUUUUCUGGUCAAGUCUUUUCGACGGUGAGGGUGGUCAGCGGUCUGGCAAGGUCAAAUUGCUUGACUCCGAUUCCUCCUCAAAACUGUCAAGCAAAAGUAACAUUCAGAUCAUGGACUCACAUGCCUUCAUUACCAGUAACCUGACAGAGCCCAUCUGGGAGAACAGCAUACAGUCAAUCCUGGCAGACUUCAGAGCUCGUGGGGGACGAAUCAAUGUGCUGCAUGACAACAACCACAGACAACAACAGGCCAUCACGGAGGCCUCUGGAAAAAAGAUGGAUGAGCUUUUUGGCCCCGACAAUUUCUCUGGUGGAGGGCCUUUGUGGGAGAAGAAGUUAGACUGCUUGGACCCCAUGAAUCACCAGCGUCUCAUGGUGCUUUUCAGCAGUUUUUCCUUCAAGUCAAGUAACCACCCAUAUCCUUGUGUGUACCCAUGGGUGGUUACCAUGGAGUUCUACGGACGUAACGACAUCACCCUGGGUGGGUUCCUGGAGCGCUUCUGUUUCCGCCCGCAGUACUCGUGCCCCUCUCCCACAUGUGACACACCCAUGACUGAACACGUGCGUCGGUUUGUGCAUGGAUCAGCGUGUAUCAACGUGCUGCUAAAAAAGCUGGAGAGUGACGUGCCCGGUGGAAAGGAGAACAUCCUCAUGUGGAGCUGGUGCCGCAAGUGCAAGCAGGUUACACCCGUUGUGCCCAUCAGUGGGGACACUUGGAGUUUGUCCUUUGCCAAGUACCUUGACCUUCGAUUCAACUCAUCCUCAUUUUUGCGGAGAGGCUCGGCGGAGCCCUGUCCCCACUCUCUUCACCACGACCACUUUCAGUAUUUUGGACACAGAAACAUCGUAGCCUCUUUCAAAUUUGCCAACAUUUCCUUGAAGGAGCUGGCCUUACCUGCCACGAUUGUGUCCCUGCAACCGCCAACAUUUGAUUCUGUUGCUCUGACAGAAUCUGUCAAGAACAUCACAUACAAAGCCAUAGACCGGUACAGCCUGAUCUUGGAGAGUACCAUGAAGCUGAAGCAGGAGCUGACCAGCGAGUCCCAGACGCGCACCAUCACAGAAUUCCUGGCGGAGCAGCAAGCCGACAAGAAGAACUUCCGCGAUGCCGCCACCAACAUACAGAUGAAGGUGAAGGAGCUGAUCCACUCUGUCAACGGGUUGAUCAACAGUGGCCAGACAGACCUGGACAUGACCUUCCAUCUGUACUCCAUUUUUGACAACAUUCAGCUUCUGAAACGGCACAUCUGUGAGGAUGUCAACAAGUGGAACAUGAGAAUGCAAGAAUUCAUGGCCCAUCAGCAGAAGAAGUCACGGACCCAAACAUCCAACAAGAAGGAUAAGGACUCUAGUGCAGCUGUUGUAACAGAUGAGCUGGAAAAGUCCUGGAGGGCUGGUAGCGACAAAAAUUCCCUGAAGCCGUUACUGCACUCCUCUCACUCUGGUGGAGGCAACAGUCUGAGCCAUGGCUCUUCCGCCCAAGGUUCCCCUGUGCCCAGCCACAGAAACGCCUCUCCUUCAGGGACAACAGGAUCGGCACAGCCUGCCUCCCUCACUCCAGCUAGCCUUGUGGGCAGUGCCGGGGCCUCCUUAGCUGAUGGAGGAGCCAGCGUGCAGGGGGUAGAGAACAGCCUCAAGGAUUGGGACACGGCUAGUGCUUCAACAACCCCAAACCCAACAACCAAAGCAGAGCCCAGCACAGGAAAUGAUGGAAUGUUGUCGACGGCCGCCUCCAGCUCCUCCUCUGGGACAUCCUCCCCACUCCCGCCCUCGGCGUCUUCCACCCCAGCCUCAGAACUGAACGUCAACAUCCCCCCACCACUGUUGACCAAUGUGUCGACUCUCUCCUCGGCUUCACCGUUUAUUGUGACGCCAUCGGCUAUAGAAGGCCUUGAAGACACUCCGGACGGUCUGUUUCACGACUUGAAAGGUUUCACCCGUCGAUUUUUAUGGACGUCGACCUUUGCCCCUCUGGCCCAGCCCUUUGACCUGAAUGAGCACCACACUCUACCCUUGUGUGAGCGCGUGCCCAUAGCUGUCAAUGACAACGAGCCAAGCUCUAUCAUUGCUUAUGCUUUGAGUUCCUCUGACUACUUGUACCGGCUGAGGGAAAUCCAAACAUUGUCACGGCCUGGCUCUGCAGAUCCCAGCUCUGCAUUUUCCCAGUCUCACAAAGGAGGGAGCAAACUGGGAGACUCGUCUGUGCCGCUAGGGGCCAAUGGAGAUCCUUCCUCUGAAACAGGCAAAAAAUCUGGUGGAGGCGUGCUGUCCUUCCUCCGAGGCAGCUCGCGAGAGGUGAACCCCCAGCAGCAGUUUCCUGGCUUAAGCCCGACUGUGGAGGCUGUCCGCUAUGUCCCAGCCUCGGAACGAGGGGAAGCUGUCAGUGCCUCAGAGAGUGUAGAAAACAUGGAGAUCAUGGAUGAUUCAAUACUGUACCCUGACGAGAAAGGAAAAGGAACAGGCAGUGGGAACAAUGGUCCGUCGCCUCACAUAGAGCUGCAGUUCACAGAUGCCACUGCCAAGUUCUACUGUCGCGUCUACUUUGCCGACCAGUUCCGCAAGCUGCGGAAGUUGAUAUUUCCUGGCAGUGACAAUUUGUUUAUCAGAUCUCUCAGCCGUUGCAAGGCAUGGGAGGCCAAAGGAGGCAAAUCAGGAUCGUCUUUCAGCAAAACUGUUGAUGAUCGUUUCAUCCUCAAACAAAUGUCCAACAUGGAGGUGGAAUCAUUUGAGAAGUUUGGACCUCAGUAUUUCCAGUAUAUCAAGAAUUGUUUAGCAGACCAGCAACCCACAGCUUUGGCAAAGAUACUGGGAGUGUUUAGAAUUGGUUUCCGCAACUCUCAGACCAACCAUGCCCUGAGGCAGGACGUGCUUGUAAUGGAGAACCUGUUCUACAGCAGGAAGAUCACUCAGAAAUUUGACUUGAAAGGCUCAAUGCGAAACAGGCUGGUGAAUACUGCCAGCAAGCGGGCAGAGGAGGAGCUGGUCCUUUUGGAUGAGAACUUACUGAAAAGCAGUGUGGAGAGUCCCCUAUACUUACGACCUCACAGCAAGUCUGUGCUGAAGUCUGCCAUCACAAGUGACUCCAGUUUUCUGUCCAGCAAUUUGGUUAUGGACUACUCACUCCUCGUGGGCAUUGAUGACGACACACACGAGUUGGUGGUGGGCAUUAUAGACUACAUCCGCACGUUUACAUGGGACAAGAAGCUCGAGAUGGUGGUCAAGUCUACAGGCAUCCUGGGCGGUCAGGGGAAAAUGCCCACAGUAGUCUCACCUCAGCUCUACAAGGGACGCUUCCUGGAGGCCAUGGACAGAUAUUUCCUGCAGGUGCCAGACCGCUGGAUGGGGCUUGGCAGAGAGUCCACAACCCGGGCCCAUAAAGUGGAAACUACAGAGGGCAAGGAAUCUGCUCGUAGAUGACGCAGCUAUUGAGGUCAGAUCAGGGCAAGUAUAGAACCCAUUAUAGAGUACAGAUGGACUGCUUUGUGUAAGACUCUGCCUUACGCCAUUUUGGAAAGUGACAUGUAUUGACAAUGGAGUUUUGCACUAAGCAAUGCAGAUGAAGAGACCAUAUGUAUGACCGAGUACUGGAAUGCUGACCAGCGCACAUGUAUGACUGGCAGUUGAGAUUAAACUGGGAAACGUGUGAUCCAACACAAGAGUAUAGUGAGGACAUGUUUAUGUAUGGCCAGCCUCUUACAUACUUGUCAGGAUGUAUGUGUACAGCUCUAGAGGUCAUAUCAGAUUCUGUAUGUUAUAUGUAUGUCCCAACUCUUGGGUGCAAACUGGACUAUGUAUGACCCAGCAGUAGAGUACAUACCCGGAUGUCUGUAUGAGCCAGUUCUGUAGCAUUCACGAGGACAUAUGUAUGACAUGGCAACUGAGUUUAGAUGAGGAGACAUAUGUGUCACACUGUGGUGGAAUCAAGCACUUGUUAAUAUUUUGGCAUGUAGAAUUAUUGGCAUCAUCUUUAACCUUAUCUGUAUGCCCUUGGGUCAUUUUAUCCCCCUGGGGUUAUAUUCUUCACAUUUUAGAAUACUUCAAGUGCGAAGAUCUCUUUGAAACUUUCAGUAUAUCUCAAAAAAUCAUUUUGACAGACUGCUAUGCAAAGCGUACGGAUCAAAUUAAUGAGUAAAUUUCCUCUUUGGAAAGUGGUGGCACAGAGUUCCCCAAGUCGUUUGGGGAUAGUAAAACACGACGUACGGGUUAAGUUAAGCUUGUUCAUUUUGUCUUGUCUUUGAUGUAUAAAAUGCCCAUCUUUCUUGAAUAGAAGUCGAGACAUUUGUAAUUGAUGAAGCAGGGAGUUACCAGUGCCAGAGGUAAAAUUAGCAAGAAAAAGGCUGCCGAAGUUUGGUGACAUCCAUAGCUUGAGAGUCCUUGGCAACUUAAAAAUUUGAAUUUUUAAA